AAUAGAAUAGCCAUAGGUACCUCUGAAUGCUCAAUUUCAGACACAACCACUUUGUUAUCUGUAAUGUCCCAAAGGACAAGGGUACAACCGUACAACGUUUGAUGCAAAGAAACCAAACUCUGAAUCUGAGUUUCACAAACGUCAAACAUGUCGUGGUGGUGGAGUGGCCUCAAAGAGAUGAGGCCUUUAUUUCACUUGCUGCUUCCACUUAGCAUCCAUUGGGUUGCUGAGGAGAUGACAGUUUCUGUUCUUGUUGAUGUCACCACUUCUGCUUUAUGCCCUUCACACACAACUUGCUCCAAAGUUAUUUACAUCAAUGGCCUUCAGCAAACGAUUGUUGGAAUUUUCAAAAUGGUGGUGCUUCCGCUACUGGGUCAGCUUUCAGAUGAGCAUGGCCGUAAACCUUUGCUGCUUAUUACCAUGUCCACGACCAUUAUUCCUUUUGCUUUACUUGCCAUGCAUCAGUCUGCGGAAUUUGUCUAUGCCUACUAUGUUCUUCGCACAAUUUCAUAUAUAAUCAGUCAAGGGAGUAUUUUCUGCAUUUCUGUUGCGUAUGUGGCAGAUGUUGUAAAUGAAAGCAAAAGGGCAGCAGUAUUUAGUUGGAUUACUGGUCUCUUUUCUGCUUCACAUGUUGUGGGGAAUGUGCUGGCUCGAUUUCUUCCAGAGAAGUAUAUUUUUGUGGUUUCAAUAGUAUUAUUGAUCCUUUGUCCCGUUUAUAUGCAAUUCUUCCUUGUUGAAACGGUGACACUGCCUCCAAAAAAGAAUCAAGAGUCAAGUUGCUGCGCUAAAAUUAUUGAUGUUCUCCAUCAAAGAUACAAAUCUAUGAGAAAAGCUGGGGAAAUAGUAAUUUUCAGUCCCACAUUAAGGGGCAUGGCUCUUGUCUCCUUCUUUUAUGAGUUGGGAAUGUCUGGCAUAAGCAGCAUUUUGCUGUACUAUUUGAAAGCUGUUUUUGGUUUUAACAAAAACCAGUUCUCAGAACUACUGAUGAUGGUGGGAAUCGGUUCAAUCUUUUCUCAGAUGGUGUUGCUUCCAAUACUUAAUCCAUUGGUUGGAGAGAAAGUCAUACUAUGCUCUGCCUUGCUUGCAUCAAUUGCAUAUGCUUGGCUUUAUGGAUUAGCAUGGGCACCUUGGGUACCAUACUUGAGUGCCUCUUUUGGCACAAUCUAUGUCCUUGUCAAACCUUCUACUUAUGCUGUUAUUUCGAAAGCAUCAAGCUCAACCAAUCAGGGAAAAGCACAAACCUUUAUUGCUGGGGCACAAUCUAUAUCUGAUUUGCUAUCACCUAUUGCUAUGAGUCCAUUGACUUCAUGGUUUUUAUCUAGCAAUGCUCCCUUUGAAUGCAAAGGUUUUAGCAUUAUAUGUGCAUCCAUAUGCAUGAUGAUCUCUCUUUGUUUAGCUUGCCUGCUAAAGCCUAAUACUUGUUCGAGUAAUGACAUAAUAGAGGGCAACCCAGAAACCCCGCUUCUGAGUGAUAACUGAUUGUAUCAAUUGUUUGUACACAUGCUUUGCCAAUCAUGUAGAACCAGAUAGGGAAAGGAUGAAAGAAAGAGAAAGAUGGGGUUAUCAGCUAUAUUGAAGACUUAAACCAAUGCAAAUGAUCAUUAAACACUUUUAUAUUUGGGAAAUAGAAAUAUAAUCUUGUAAGAAAUUUGUAAGUGAUGUUAUAGAAAUAGGGAUGGUGGAACCCACACUUGUUUUGUUUUUUUGUUUUUUAAAACAAAUGUGUAUCCUACCAUCUCUAUCUCAAUAACAUAAUCUAACAACUUUCUUAUAACAUUAUUCUUCUUUUUCCUUUUAUAUUUUAGCAUAAAAUAGUGAACGGCAUGAAUUUAAUUUAUGAAAAUAUAACGGCAAUACAUUUGUAUUAUUUUCGGUUAAUAAUUUUUAGGAAUAUUUAUCCGCGCCCAGACCCAGACUAAGCAGUAUUAAGAAUCCGGCGAGGAAUGUUAGUACCGGCGAGUCAAUCAGGCCCUCCGACAAGCCUCCAAAGACGAUUGAGACCACGUUCACGCUGUGAAUGAGAGAGAACCUGCUUUACCGGGUGAAGCGUUGCGGUGGAUCCUGAGCACAAGGGCGUGACUUAGGCACUCGUAUAUUUUUCAUUGAGAAAGGGAAAUUUCAAUUUCAAUAUUUACGAUAAUAACGUGGAAAAAACAAAACACUUGUCUAUAUUUGAAUGGAAGUAGCAAUAGCAUGGUAGAAUCAGGAAAAGAAAAAAAAUUAAAAUAUUACUAUUUUAAUUAUUAAUUACGAAUAGGUUGUAGUUUAGAAACUAUUUUUGAAUUUAUUGUAGUCAUUCACGUCCAAAUUAGGCAUGACUCCCAAGGCAUUCAUGCCUAAUUUAGGCGUGAAUCAUCUGGUGUUGACACGUGGCAAAAAAAGUCAA